AUGUCUGUAGUUCCACUUGGUUAUCAACGUGAAGGCACGGUUAUUGCAAGCACAGGAGAUGCGGCAUUGGCCUAUAAUCGAAAAGAGACAACAAGUAUCGGUAACAUACGACCAACAGGUAUUACAGUUACCGUACCAAAGAAUUACGCAGGAAAGUACAAUUUUGCAGUGAAACAAUACAAUAAUUUACCGGUAGAGGAUAAGAAAAUGAUGCGUGGUGGACGUUUCUUGCUACAUCGCUAUAUUCUUAUCGCUUUCUGGCUUCUAUCGAUGAUUUGUGGUGGUGUUAGUGCUGCUGUAAAGCCACUGAAUGGUUCAAUAUUACAUCCUACAUUGAUGGUACAUAGUAAUGAUCUUGGUGGUGAUAAUAAAUGGUAUACUGUGCCUAUCCAUACUCGUAUCGAGGAUAGAGCUACAUUGGCAGCUGUUGGUGGUGAUAAUUCGGCGGCUAUGGCAGCUAUCCGUGAAGAGUAUACGAAUAUGAAAGAAAUCAAAAUUAUGGUAUAUACAGAAGGAUAUAUAAGACGUUUUACUUAUUUCCCAACAAAUAGUAUAACAUUACAUAUUGCCGGCUUCUUAGUGUCAUUUGUAUUUGGUAUUGCUCUCGCAGCCGCAGUAAAGUAGAGAAUGAACUAAAGCAUUGCGAUAUCGUAAAUUAAAAUAUCAAUAUUCAUUUUAAUAAAUAAUUAUCAGGAUGGGUGAGUUUGCAAACGAAUUCGAAGCGGAUUUUAAUUUUAUCAAGAAACGAUAGAUUCCUAGCUACCAUUAUCGCGAUUUCAUACAGGCUAAAGGAAUCAUCAUAUGACAGAGAUCAAAUAAAUGAUCUACAAUAGGAGUCUAAUACAAUACAACUCGAAAACAUUUUCAUUCAACUAUAGUUAUACAACUAAUGGCAGUUCGAAGACU